AAAUUAUAAUAUGCAAUUUGAUUUACUUAAAUAUUUCAGCUAGGCAGAAACAUUAAUGAAUCACAUUAAAAUUAUAUUUAAGGUGGUGAGAAAACUGAAUCAUAUCCCUGUGAUGUGGCAAUAGGAGAUAUUGGUGUUCUAGAAGGACUAGGAGCUGCAGUUCUGAAUGGACAGAUUGUUUACUGCGGGGGAUUUAGAAGUGGUGCUUAUCUCUUGUUGAAGUCUACAGUAUUGAAGAGGGAUUCAUUGCAGAGCUUCCAUCAAUGCCAACUGCAAGGAGAGGACUAGCAUGCAGCAUGUUUAAGGGAGAAAUAUGGACAGCUGGAGGAUACGAUGGUGUAAAUAUGGAUGUUGUAGAAAUAUUUAAUUCUUUCACUGACACUUGGCGGAAUGGACCUAGGCUGACCAAGGGGAGAAGCUGGCUAACAAUGGAGGUGCUGGACAACAACCUGGUAGUAUUUGGAGGUGUAGGAGGUAAAGACAGCCUGGAGAUUCUAGAGGGAGAAGAUUGGAGGGAGGAACCUCUGCAAUAUGGACAUUAUGAUCAUGCCUCAGUAUCAAUUACUUGUAAUUAAUAUAGAGAUGUAUGUUCAUUCUAUUGUAACUUAAUAUUUUAAAUUAAUAAUUUGAUUAAAUUAUUGUCUUUUCUAAAAAUAAAUUGGAUUUAAUGCA